AUGGACAUUUUCAGUCUUUCCCCUCACUCUUGUCCGGAAUGUAAGGUGAUUAUAAUCGAUGGUACUGGUCCCAAAGUCACCCAGCGCUUUGAGUUUUCACAUUGCAAAGUGAAAGAACUCAGCCAACGUUGCGAAUUCUUCAAUUGGACUUUGAAUUCGUCAGAAGAGUGUCUAUGUACAACAGACAAAUUGAGGUUAUCUAUAGCAGGCGAUUCGGAAGAUCUCAAAUAUCUCAACGUAGAGUGGAGGGAUGAAGAUGAUGAGCCCGUAUCAGAAGACGAUACAAAGCGACAGCUGUACAUCUUCAGUAUGAGAGAUUAUGCUGCUGCUCGUUAUAUUAAAUCAAGGCCUCUUGAACCGUCGCCAGCGAGAUCAGUUCGUCUAGGAUGGUGUUUAGAACUUUACGAAGAUUGCCUAAACCACGAAACAUGCAAGACUGCCAUGGAGAGGAAUAAAAGCUACACAGCACCUACACGUCUUCUCGAUGUGCGACAAAAUUCAGAAUUGCGUUUGUGUACAGUCCCUCAGGGAGAACAUCCCCCCUAUGCAGCAUUGAGUUACUGUUGGGGUACUUCACAGCAACAGAAAGAUGCCAGGACGACGAGAGAGAAUGUUGACGAUCGACAAGGUAGAAUCGAUAUAUCACAGCUACCACAAUCGAUAAGAGAUGCAGUCAAAGUAACCCGGAGGCUAGAGUUGUCUUACCUUUGGGUAGAUGCGUUCUGUAUCGUUCAAAAUGAUCCUAAAGAUGUGGAAUUGGAAAUGUCAAAAAUGGCAGGCAUUUAUAGAGGAGCUACUAUUACCAUCUCAGCAGCCAGCGCCAAUGACAGUACGGAGGGGUUUCUUAAGGAUCGCGACCUCAAGAAAGCAUAUGGUAAUCUUUUUCAGCUUCCUUAUCACAACAAGCGUGCCGAUGGUAUGGUGGAAGGGUUGGUGUUACUCUCUGAGCACCCCGUUGCAGAUACGCGUCAAGAAAAUAUCGACCAAAGAGCAUGGACAUUGCAGGAAGACAUGCUUUCGCUCCGCCUUUUGCGAUUCGGUUCAAAGCAGACAACUUGGCGAUGCCUAACUUAUCCUCAAACCAAAAAGAUCGAUGGAGGAGGUUGCCCAACCUUGGAAAAUAAAGACUACGCUUUUUCUGUCAAUGAUCCUUACCAAAACACCGAAGUGCAGUUGAACAUCUCGUCUUUUGGUCCAUUGGGUGGGCCAUGCGUAAAGGCAGACUGGUUAGAAACCGUAAGCGAGUAUACACGUCGAAAACUCACCGAACCAAGCGACAGACUCCCUGCUUGCGCGGCGCUUGCUGAAAACUUUGCGGAUAUUAUGAACUUCGAUUCAUCCCAUUACCUUGCGGGAUUAUGGAAAGACGACAUCUACGCGCAACUUUUAUGGCAUCGACUAGAAGAAAGAAAGGUGGGAAGCACAUUCAGUCCCUCUUGGUCCUGGUCAUCUAUUAACGGACCUGUACAAUUCUUCGAACGUAAGCUGCUGGAGUACGACUUUGAAGUCAAUGCGGCAGCAAAAUAUAUAGGCAGCUAUAGGGACUGCAUGUCCGGUAGUCACGACUACUCUAAAGUUGGAUCGGGCCGCCUUGAGUUAAAUGGUCGACUGCAAGAGGCACACUGGGAUUCUCGCUCUCUUAGGCGAAGCAGUACCGAUGCUAAUGUCCUACCCUCCAGGAUAUAUUGGGAUGUAUCUGAUGCCAUUAGUCCGCAAACUGUGUGGUGUUUUGAAAUAAUUGGGUCAUAUAUUUCGUUGGGCCUAGUGCUUUUAAGAGAGAAGCAGACAAGAUUCAAGCGUGUUGGCUACUUUGAAUGCGAUGGGGGAGACAACUCUCUGACCAUGAAGUCCUUCUUUGAUGAGACCAAGCCUCAGACUAUUGCACUUUACUAG